GGAACGGUCGUUCCGACUUCAAGUCCCAGGCAAAAGAAAAAAACAGAAAUAGUUCUUUUGUUUGCGGUUUUUUUUUUAUCUGAACUAUUCUUUCGUCAUUUUGGUGCGCGUUUUUAUCUAGUGGUGUCAUAGUGAACUAAUUUUCAGUUUCUGUUUUCGGUGGUGAACUGUGAAAGAGGCCUCUUUUCGUGUGUUUUAUUGUCUUCUAAAUUUACUACUUCUGUUGUUGUUGCGGCUGGCUGGAUACUGUCCGGAUUUCCUGCACAGGAUAGAAAGUGAAAAAGAACGUGAUCCGGCUUAGUUUUUACGCGUUAACGCGAACGUCAGUUCAUUAACGUGAAGAUAAUAUUCGGUUCAAAACAAAACAAAAUAUCCAACUGUUCUCGACAUUUGAAAAGGAAAAGCAAACAACAACAAAAAAAGCUGUUGGGAAUGCACGUCGUUGUGGCGCCGCGUGAAUUUCCGUCGCCUGUUGCUUCCGUCACGCACCUCCCUGUCAACUUUGUUGGUCUCGCGUCGUUGAUAAGUGGAUAAACACACGCUGAGAGACGUAUACACACACAGGCACACACACAAACCGACCGCCCGCGCUGGUCCAAGCGACUUGUUUAUUCUCUGCGUGUAUGUGUGUCGUGCGGAUUGAUGUUUUUUUAUUUUUCGUUGAGUUUUCUUUUUUUGAAUAUUUAAAACAUUUGUCGGGUGGGGAUUGCCUUGAAAAGUGACUCCAUCUGUCGAACUGAAUCGUUACCAUUUCGACGAGAAAAUGACGAGUGAGCAAGCAGCGAUGAUUAGCAGCGAAGGCACAGCUGCAGUAUUGGCUUCGAGACGAGAAAGACUGCGCCGGCCGUUGCCGAACCCGCCGGAACCGAACCGCGGUUCUGGCGGUUCGACUCAGUCAAAUGCGGCAGCUGCUGCCGCUGCGGCCGGCGUCCGCGGCGUCGUAGCCAGUCGUCUGGCGGCCAUGGCCUCGGCUGGAUCUUCAAUUAGUUCUGUGACAUCAUCAUCGUCAUCAGCAGCUCUAUCGUCAAGCAAUUCCACUUUUUCUGCGGCAACCACAACAACAACGACAACCAAUGGCACUAGUUCCAAUAGUAGCGAUAAUGGCCUACCGCACAAGUUGACCACAUCCUACAGUGUCGAUUCCAAUUCACGUAUACCCAGUUAUCGAUUAUCCAGUCUGGAUCGACUGGCCCAGCGUCAACGUUUGUUUGAAGCCACGACCGCUACGUCGGUUCAGCCUAACGGAUUGCCCACAGCACAUCCUCCUCCUCCUCCUCCUUCUUCUUCUUCUUCCUCUUCUUCUUCUUCUGCUACUUUCUCAUCCGCCACUAAUGUGGCAACCGGAGAAACACACGCCUUGCAAAGUAAGCGUGAAAUGUUCUUCAAGAGCGAGACGCUACCAGCGGGAGCUAACCUGGCCGGCAGUAAUUCGGCCUCCACUACGAAUAGCACCGGUGCCACGCCCGCCUCUUCAGCAACUGGUGCUCAACAGCCAGUAGGCAACAUCGCUUCGCUCAAGGAGAGUUUAUUAGCCAACAAGGAAAAUCACACGACAACGACGAUGGCGGGUGGACCGCAGACUUCAUCCUCUUCAACAACCUUGACUGGCAGCAUUAGUAAUAACAGCAGUCAUGGCAGUGUGCCCGGCUUGGCCAAUAACAGUACCGGAAGCAAGGUGGAGGCGUUGAAGCGGGAAUUGACGGAUGACAGUGGCAGUAGCAGCCGAAUUGUAUUACGUGAUCGGCUAGCAGAAAAGGGUCCGGCACCCAGUCCACCGGUCAUCAACAAGACACGUGAAGUGGAUUAUGUCGGAUUUGCCAAUCUUCCCAACCAGGUGUACCGACGAGCCGUCAAAAAAGGAUUUGAAUUCACCUUGAUGGUUGUCGGCGAGUCGGGACUGGGCAAGUCAACGCUCAUUAAUUCCAUGUUCCUGGCCGACAUUUACUCUCCGGAAUAUCCUGGCCCAUCGCAUCGAAUCAAGAAGACGGUCCAAGUGGAACAGUGCCAAACUCUUUUGAAAGAAAACGGAGUUAAUUUGACACUGACCGUAGUCGACACACCCGGAUUCGGUGACGCGGUAGACAACAGCAAUUGUUGGCAGCCGAUUGUCGAUUAUAUUGAAUCCAAGUACGAAGAGUACCUGAACGCCGAAUCGAGGGUGCAGCGCCAGCCAAUGCGCGAUCAUCGCGUUCACGUCUGCCUCUAUUUCAUCCAGCCUUCAGGUCACGGUCUCAAGCCACUAGACAUUGAAUUUAUGAAGCGGCUUCAUGACAAAGUCAAUAUCAUCCCCGUCUUGGCCAAGGCUGACACGAUGACGCCCGAUGAGUGCACCUACUUUAAAAAACAGGUUCUUAACGAAAUUGCUCAGCACAAGAUCAAGAUUUACGAGUUCCCAGACGUUGAUGACGAGGAAUUACGCAAAUCACAACGCGCUCUACGGGAGCGAGUGCCCUUUGCCGUCGUCGGGUCUAAUACGGUGGUCGAAGUAGAUGGACGGAAGAUUCGUGGCCGUCGUUACCCAUGGGGCGUCGUCGAAGUCGAGAAUAUGGAACACUGCGAUUUCAUCGCUUUGCGAAAUAUGUUGAUCAGGACCCAUAUGACAGAUUUGAAAGAGGUGACAAAUAAUGUGCACUACGAAAAUUUCCGCUGUCGCAAACUGGCGGGCGUCGGAGUUGCCGCCAAUGAUGGGACGUUGGGCAAAUCGAAUCGGAUCUCUAACAAUGCAUGCUCUCCUUGGAUAAUGAACCCAUUUAUGAUGGUUUGGAACCCGUUGGCGCAGAUGGAGGAAGAGCGACGGGAUCACGAAGCCAAGAUGAAAAAAAUGGAACAAGAAAUGGAACAAGUUUUUGAAAUGAAGGUCAAAGAAAAGACACAAAAGCUCAAAGACUCUGAAACAGAUUUGCAACGCCGACAUGAACAGACGCUCCGUUCGCUCGAGGCUCAGAAACUGGAAUUGGAGGAGAAGCGUAAAGCUUUUGAAAACGAAAAAAUGGCAUGGGAAAAUGCUUCCGGUCUGACGCUGGAAGAAUUACGCCGACGCAGCCUCGAAGCCAAUUCUAGAGAGCAAGUAGACGGCAAGGACAAGGAGAAGGUGAAAAAGAAGAAGGGACUCUUCUAGGAAAGCAUAAAAUUCUAGAUCAUACAAACACACACAGACACACAUUCUAUCCUUUAAUUUAGCUUCUAUUCCUUCUUUUCCUACUCUGUCUCUCUAUCUUGCUCUCUUCCUUCGAGAAAUCAAGCCGGUCGUGUGUCUGCUCGUAACUGUGUCCUGUUUUUCUAUUUUCUGUGUAUAGUUUUUGUGUCAUUCUCGUGUCCCGCCUUUUUAUACCUCCCGGGAGUAAUAUUCUUGUUUUCCUUUUUUUGAAUUUUGAACGUCUUCUACCUCCCCUCCUUUAUCAUAUUUUUCUUUCCCCUCCCCCUCCCUCCUCUUCUUUCGCAUUAUGUGAGUAAAUGGAAAAAUAUUUGGGCUUUA